AGUCGUCAACGGAUCUUUGCAGCGAAGGAAUGUGCUCAAUCCAAGGGAUUCUGGGAGCGGCGGGCGUUGCAGCUCUAGCUGUAGCGGUCGGUGGAUCGUUUUACUACCUGUACCGAUCCAGAACUCAGAAGCCGACGACAACGGAGGAGACUACGGUCACUCCAGUGGAAGGAGACCCUGAAACGGUGGCUGAGCCGAUGGUUGAACCUGUACUCCCUGAGACUGUGAUGGAGUUGGUGGAGGUAGAUGGAGGAGUUGACUGCCCCCAGGAAGAAGAUCAGGUCACUAUCAUUAUGGAUGAGGCACCAGAAGCUCCCAGCCUGCUACAGGUCACUGGCCUAGCAGAGACUGAGGAAGCUGAGGUGAUUGUGGAGCCUGAAAUCUGUGAGAGUGUGGUGGAAACACAAGUGGAAGAUGGAGGAGUUGACUGCAAACAAGAGAAAGAUCUGGCCACUCUCAUCGUGCAAAAGGCAAUAGAAGAUGCCAUCCUGCUACUGAACACUGACCUAGCAGAGACGGAGGAAGCUGAGGUGAUUGUGGAGCCUGAAAUCUGUGAGAGUGUGGUGGAAACACAAGUGGAAGAUGGAGGAGUUGACUGCAAACAAGAGAAAGAUCUGGCCACUCUCAUCGUGCAAAAGGCAAUAGAAGAUGCCAUCCUGCUACUGAACACUGACCUAGCAGAGACGGAGGAUGCUGAGGUGAUUGUGGAGCCUGAACUCUGUGUGAGUGUGGUGGAAACACUAGUGGAAGAUGGAGGAGUUGACUGCAAACAAGAGAAAGAUCUGGCCACUCUCAUCGUGCAAAAGGCAAUAGAAGAUGCCAUCCUGCUACUGAACACUGACCUAGCAGAGACGGAGGAUGCUAAGGUGAUUGUGGAGCCUGAACUCUGUGUGAGUGUGGUGGAAACACUAGUGGAAGAUGGAGGAGUUGAAUGCCCACAAGAGGAAGAUCAGGCCACUCUCAUUAUGGAUGAGGCACCAGAAGCUCCCAGCCUGCUACUGGACACUGACCCAGCAGAGACUGAGGAAGAUGAGGUGAUUGUGGAGCCUGAACUCUGUGUGAGUGUGGUGGAAACACUAGUGGAAGAUGGAGGAGUUGACUGCAAACAAGAGAAAGAUCUGGCCACUCUCAUCGUGCAAAAGGCAAUAGAAGAUGCCAUCCUGCUACUGAACACUGACCUAGCAGAGACGGAGGAUGCUAAGGUGAUUGUGGAGCCUGAACUCUGUGUGAGUGUGGUGGAAACACUAGUGGAAGAUGGAGGAGUUGAAUGCCCACAAGAGGAAGAUCAGGCCACUCUCAUUAUGGAUGAGGCACCAGAAGCUCCCAGCCUGCUACUGGACACUGACCCAGCAGAGACUGAGGAAGCUGAGGUGAUUGUGGAGCCUGAACUCUGUGUGAGUGUGGUGGAAACACUAGUGGAAGAUGGAGGAGUUGACUGCCCACAAGAGGAAGAUCAGGCCACUCUCAUUAUGGAUGAGGCACCAGAAGCUCCCAGCCUGCUACUGGACACUGACCCAGCAGAGACUGAGGAAGCUGAGGUGAUUGUGGAGCCUGAACUCUGUGUGAGUGUGGUGGAAACACUAGUGGAAGAUGGAGGAGUUGACUGCAAACAAGAGAAAGAUCUGGCCACUCUCAUCGUGCAAAAGGCAAUAGAAGAUGCCAUCCUGCUACUGAACACUGACCUAGCAGAGACGGAGGAUGCUAAGGUGAUUGUGGAGCCUGAACUCUGUGUGAGUGUGGUGGAAACACUAGUGGAAGAUGGAGGAGUUGACUGCCCACAAGAGGAAGAUCAGGCCACUCUCAUUAUGGAUGAGGCACCAGAAGAUGCCAGCCUGCUACUGGACACUGACCCAGCAGAGACUGAGGAAGCUGAGGUGAUUGUGGAGCCUGAACUCUGUGUGAGUGUGGUGGAAACACUUGUGGAAGAUGAAGGAGAAGAGGAUGAGGAUGAGGAGCAACCUCUCCCAAGUGUGUAUCAGCUCUACAAAGACUGGCCUUCAGAUGAAGAUGAACCCCGCUACAAAGACUGGCCUAUAACUAAAGAUGAAGAACCAAAAGAGCAACGUCAGCCGAGACGAAAAAGAGAGCGGGAAAUCAGCGACAAGAAGGACAGUGGAGAGGAAGCUGAGGUGACUGUGGAGCCGGAACUCUGUGAGAGUGUGGUGGAAACACUGGUAGGAGAUGGAGAAGUUACCAGCCCCCAGGAAGAUCAGGCCACUCUCAUUGUGGGUGAGGGAUUAGAAGCUGCAGGGCUGCUAUGUGACACAGACCCAGCAGAGACUAAGGAAGCUGAGACGAAGGCUGAAUGCAGAUCUGAAGCUGAAUCCAAAAAGAAGCCAAGGAGACGAGGAACACGAGGAAAGGGGCGAAAAAUCAAUUAUAAGUAGAACAGUGUAGAGGAUUAAGUGGUAAGAAAUAAAUCUGCAUAAAUCUAAA